AUUUCUCUAUAAAACAUCUCUUGUCUCUCUUGUCACCAAUCUCACAUUAAUCUUACAUCCAAAACCAAAAGCAAAAAUGGCAAAGUCUCUUCUGAUGGUAAUGCUAGUUUCCAUAGUAAUGUUUUACAUGGCUCGUCCAGUUUUAUCCCAAAUAAUCGAUCCAUAUUCAGAAGAGGUACCAGAAGAUGUGGCCAUGUCUCCAUCAGAUUUCGAAAUUUACGUCGAAUCACCUGAAGAAGCUCCAUUCGAUGAAGCUGAUUCACCCGCUGAGGAAUACGACAGGGAGCUUGCUCACCAUUACUCGCACGAACAGCUCGAAUUCCUCGCGGCUUGCGGUAAAAAGCAAAACACGAAAUGCGGAGAUGAGGUUUUCAAGAACAUGUUGGUUGAUACACCUCAAAUCACAGAUGAAUGUUGUCGCGAUAUACUGAAGAUUGGCAAAGAUUGUCAUCUCGGAUUGGUUAAGAUCAUAUUCACAACGUAUGAGUAUAAAAGCUAUGCCUCUAAGGGUAUUCCAAAAAGCAAACAGACAUGGAACGAUUGUGUCCGUAGAGUUGGGAGCAAUAUUGGUGCUCCCGUCUCUUUGGAGUCUUAA